UAUCACAACACUAGCUUCUAGUGUAAGAAUUUGAUAUGGUAAACUUUUACAUACUGGUGGUUAUGAAAAAUUUCAAAGUAAAAUAAAUUCUUGAUUCAACUUGGUCAUGAUAUUGCUUGCUAAAACAGUUCCUUUAGCACUGUUAAAUAGAGACGUCAGCUCCUUUAAUUUUCUCUACAAUAUCCUUUCACUAGCAAUGGCAGAAAAUGCUUCUCUCUUCUGUGUUAAAAACAUAAAACUUGGAUACCAUUAUCUAAUCUCCUAUUCAGUUUACCUCUUUGUCAUCCCCAUAAUCCUUUCUUCCAUAGGAUUUCACCUUCUUACCUUUAACGUCGAAGAUGUCAACAACCAUAUCCCCAUACUGAAAUCAUUGUCUAUUAUUAUUAUUGUUUUUUUGGCCGCGCUAUACUUAAGGGGUCAUCCAAGAAACGUUUACUUGGUAGAUUUUGCAUGUUACAAGCCAGAUCUGUCUGAUAUGAUGAGCAAACAAGAGUUUCUAGACAUAGUUACAUCAACAUUCGAUGAGGACAGCGCGAAUUUACAGAAGAAAGUGUUAGAAAGAUGUGGAUAUAGUGACAAGACGUAUGUUCCAGAGAGCAUCAGAAUGCUACCAGCGAAGUUAUUGACGUUUAAUAAUUGUAGGAAGGAAAUAGAGAAGGUUAUGUUUGGAGCCGUAGACGAUCUAAUGUCGAAAACUGGAGUGAAGGCUUGUGAGAUUGGGAUAGUGAUAGUGAACAUUGGCGUUCACAACCCAACACCUUCGUUAUCCUCCAUGAUUGUCAACCAUUACAAGCUUGGACUCGAUGUGCUUACUUAUAAUAUUAGUGGCAUGGGAUGUAGUGCUGGACUCAUUUCUAUUGACCUUGCAAAUCGGCUUUUGCAGGUUAGUCAAAUGCUUCUUUUUCGUUUUUCCAAAAGAGAAAGCAUCAAUGCUGGUUACUACCUAGGCAAGGAUCGAUCAAAGCUUAUAACAAACUGUCUUUUCCGUAUGGGGGCAGCUGCCAUUCUCCUCUCCAAUCGCAUCACAGACUAUCGCCGUUCAAAAUAUAAACUCAAGCACGUCGUGCGUACCUACAAAGGAGCUGAUGACAGGGCUUUCAAAAGCAUAUACCAAGAACAAGAUGAAGAUGGAAAUAUUGGCAUAUCACUCUCGAAAACCCUAACAGUCGUAGUAGGAGAAACUCUCAAAGCCAAUAUAACAACUCUAGGGCCAUUGGUGCUUCCUAUGUCCGAGAAACUUUUAUUUUUCGUAUCCUUAAUUGCUAGAAAGACGUUUAAAAUGAAGAAUAUUUUCAAGAAGCCAUAUGUUCCCGACUUCAAGAUGGCUUUCGAUCAUUUCUUCAUUCACACGGGAGGAAGAGCAGUGUUGGAUGAGAUGGAAAAGAAUCUUGAGCUCACAGAAUGGCAUAUGGAGCCUUCAAGAAUGACACUUUACAGGUUUGGAAACACAUCAAGUAGCUCAUUGUGGUAUGAGUUGGCCUACGCUGAGGCCAAAGGGAGGAUAACAAAGGGUGACAGAGCAUGGCAAAUAGGUUUUGGCUCAGGUUUCAAAUGUAAUAGUGUCGUUUGGCAUGCCCUUAAAACUAUUAAUCCUGCGAAUCUGGAGAAAAAUCCCUGGACUGGUGAGAUUCAGGACUUCCCAGUUCAUGUCCCCACAAUGAUGCCUCUUUCUAGUUGAAUGUUUAAUUAUUUCGUGCAAUUAUAUGCUGAAGGGAAAAGUUAGCUCCCUCGGAUUACUAUUAUGUUCCAUAAUUCUCUCUUGUUUUAUAGGCCUCAACUGAAUUGGUGA